UGAAAUGUUACUACACAUUUCCUUGGAUGACAACGUAGUUUUUGGGUCAAACUAUGAUGAGUGGGACUUGUGCUGCAAAGCCUCAUGCAGUUCUUGUGCCGUUUCCGGCACAAGGGCACUUGAUCCCAAUGAUGCAACUGGCCAGACUUCUGCAUGACAGGGGAUUCUUUGUUACAUUUGUCAACACUGAGUUCAACCAGAAACGGCUAGUCCGGUCGAGAGGACUAGAAUGGGUGCAGGGGUUCGACGAUUUCCAGUUUGAGACCAUAACGGAAGGGCUGCCACCGUCUGACCGUGAUGCAACACAAGAUCCGGUCGCCCUGUGCGACUCGAUCAGGAAGAACUGUUUGCCUGUGUUCCGGGACUUGUUGGCUAAGCUCGUUUCGACCGUGGAGUUGCCAAGGAUUUCAUGCAUUGUUUCUGAUGGAGUCAUGAGCUUUGCUAUUGAUGCUGAGUUUUGGACAGCCUCGGCUUGUGGGUUCAUGGGAUAUCUUCAGUUUCAUGAACUCAUAAAGAGAGGCAUCGUUCCACUCAAAGAUGAAAAUUUCGUGAAAGAUGGGUCGUUAGACAAGGAAAUAGACUGGAUUCCUGGCAUGAGAAACGUGCGUCUGAAGGACAUGCCGAGCUUUGUCAGAACAACGGACAUUGACGACAUUAUGCUUAAUUACUUGGGAGAUGAAGCGCAGAACUGCCUGAGGGCUUCGGCUAUAAUCAUCAACACUUUUAGUGAUCUCGAACGAGAAGUUCUAAACGUAAUCGCACCAUUAUCUCCACCAAUAUAUGUUGUAGGCCCUCUCACUUUGCUCUCAAAGAGCAUAUCCAAAGGCCAAGCCAGCCAAUUCAGGCCUAGCCUUUGGAGAGAAGACAGAUCAUGCCUGGAAUGGCUGGACAAACAGGAAGAAAACUCCGUAAUUGCAUGGGGGCUCGCACAAAGCAAGCAUCCAUUUCUGUGGAUCGUUCGACCGGAUAUUGCAAUGGGGGAGUCAGCAGUGCUGCCUCAAGAGUUCUUUGAAGAGACUAAAGAUCGGUGUUUGCUUACGAGCUGGUGCCCACAAGAAGAAGUGCUGUCUCACCCAUCGGUGGCCUUUUUCUUGAGCCAUUGUGGAUGGAAUUCGACGUUGGAGAGUUUGAGUGCAGGGGUGCCCAUACUGUGCUGGCCUUUCUUUGCAGAGCAGCAAACAAACUGCCGAUACAUCUGCAAGGAGUGGGAGAUGGGAGUGGAGGUGGAUCAUGAGGUGAAGAGAGAUGAGAUUGCAAUGCUUGUGAGGGAUGUGAUGGAAGGGGAGAAAGGGAAGAAAAUGAAGGCUAAGGCCUUGGAGUGGAAGGAGAAAGCAAAGGAAGCAACAAGAAUUGGAGGUUCAUCAUAUCAUGACUUUGAUAGAUUUGUACAAGAGACUUUAAAGGAUUAUGCAUUAAGGCCCCAUUUACUUUGAUUUAUAAGAUUGUAUUUAAAAAUUAGUAUAGGUUAAUACAAUGUUUGUUUUGAUAUAUGGCGGGCCGAUAUAAAAUCAAGGCCCUGUACUAAUUAUUGUUACACUUGAAUAACUAAUACCGGUUGGGAA